AUCCGACAGUCCAUGAAAGCGUCACAAAGCGCGUAAAAGAAACAAACAUGGCGGACACGGUGUCUGACGGUGAAGUUCAACCCGUGAAGCCGAAACGCCGCCGAAUCCUCGACCCGUCGGCCAUCGUCCCCGUCCCAGUUUACUCCAACAAGGUGAGCAGCAGUUUGCAGCUGAAGCCGACGGCAGCGUUGUUCACCACGAAGCCAAACUCAGACGACGGCCCCGACGACAGUUUGUGGUCCGAGUUUUCGUCUCGAGAAACGCCUCCGCCCAUCAUCACUCUCAGCGACUCGGAGGACGAAGCAGAGCCCAAACGACGCGAAGCAGAGAAACAACCAGAAGCAGUUCGUUGUCCGUCUCCUCCUCCAGAGAGUCCGGUCCAGAAACAAUCCAGGAAGGUCCAACAGAAGAUCAAUGAAAUCGACCGGAGUCUUCGGGCUGUCAGCUCUCUUCUCUCUCCGGAGUGUCCGAACCAAACGACCAGACGCCGACGCCGCCGGUCGUCUUCACCGCCGGAGAAGCAGCAAGACGACGUCAUCAUCAUGAGCCCCAACGACGACGAUGACAUCAUCAUCAUGAGCCCCGAGCCGCAGAGUUCAGAGUACAGCCAGUCGGUCCGAGAGAUUCCCCUGAAGAUCCGCUGCAGAACCGACGUCCACAAGAUCCCGGUUCUGUCGUCGACACCUCUUAGUGACGUGGUUUCUCAGCUGUCCCUCAUCCUGAGCGUCCCGCCUCCUCGCCUGCUGCUGCUGAGGGAGGAAGUCGAGCUGCCGAUGGACGCCACCGUCAGCGAGCUCGGCCUCGGUAUCGCUGACAUCAUCGAGUGUGUCGUCAUGGCAGCGGAGGACAAAAGUGAAGCUUGCAGCGGCAGCAUCAUCACCGUGAGACUGCAGAGCAAAGACAGAGCUUCCUCUCAGGAGUUUUCUCUGGACAGAGGUUCUCCGCUGGGCUCCGUCUUCUCCAAGUAUCUGUCCACGAUGUCUGCCGGCAAUCAGAAAAAGGUCAGAUUCCACUUCGACGGCUGCAAAGUGACGAACAGCCAGACGCCGGCUCAGCUCGACAUGGAGGAUGGAGACAUCAUCGAAGUGUGGACCUGACCCUCACCGUGGUUUCUGACAUUUUAUUUUAUGUAAAUGGGGAGCCUCCGAUUCGGUAUUUCAGUUACUUUAUCAAGUAAAGUCACUUUAUUUUGUAAAUGCUGAAAAUGCAAACUUGCAGCUUUUGUUCAGCUGAAUAUAGAAUUAUAUUUUUUCAAAAUGUAAUUAAAAAAACUACAAACCUC